GUCAAAUUCUCCGGAACCGCGGUUCCACUCUCAAUUUUUUGAUAUGCUCGUUGACCUCUUGAACUUAAACAGACAGACGAAAAUUCGAUUUUCAAACCUGUGCUCUAUUUUUUGUAUAUUAGUAAAUAGAUAUUUUGAAUCCUUCGUGACAUUUAUUUACUAAUCUUGUUAGAAAUGGGCAUUAUUGUGUAACUUGCAGAUAAUAGAUGCGCAACAAAUACUAUAGAAUCCCUGAUAAGUGAACUACACGUAGACGGCGCUGGUGGUAUAAUAUUUUCCCAAAGGCAGAGGUCGCUAAUGGUAUCAUAAUCUCGGAGUCAUAGCUGUUUGUAUUGACUGUGGGUGUUACAGUUGUAUGUUAGAACUGCGUGAGGCGUAGUAGGUGGUCUCACAAUCUGUGCACAUUAUUCUUAAUGAGCGCCCCCCCACUCCCACUAGUUGAGUGAGCAAGUUAAUAUUGUGUUGUAGGAUGGAGUUCAGUGAUGCGGAGUCGUGUAUUCAAGACUUUUCGGAUCUUGGUGCUGAGUAUAAGGUUUUAGAAGAAUUAAACCGAGAAUAUUUAAACAAAUUAGAAGAAGUUGGCGAUCUCCAGGCUAAAUGUAUAAAAGGAAUUAAUCAUCAGAGAUACCGCCUUGGAAUCAUUAAUCGCUCUAUUAAAAAGGUGUCCAGGAACAUCAGCAAAAAUGAUGAAAAUCGGGAAGCCAUCCGUGAUCUUGAGAAAGAUUUGCUGCGACGGAAGGCUCAGUUGCACGAAAUGGAACAAUCUUUGCCCAAGCAAAAUGGACUGUACCUGAAGAUAAUUUUGGGAAAUGUUAAUGUGUCAAUUCUGAACAAGAAUGACAAGUUUCGCUACAAGGACGAGUAUGAAAAGUUCAAACUAAUUCUCAGUGUGAUUGGUUUUGUACUUUCUGUUGUGAACCUUUUCACCAAUGUUCGUGCACUGGAGUUGAGCUUCAUGUUUUUGUUGGUAUGGUACUACUGUACGUUGACAAUACGUGAAAGCAUCCUGAAAGUGAAUGGAUCGCGCAUCAAAGGGUGGUGGCGUCUGCACCAUUUCAUCUCUACAGUUGUCUCAGGUGUUCUCCUUAUCUGGCCAAACACAGGGGCGUGGUACGAGUUCCGUGAACAAUUCAUGUGGUUCAACGUCUACAUCAGUGUCGUGCAGUACUUGCAGUUUCGUUAUCAGCAGGGCGUUCUCUACCGUCUGAAAGCUCUAGGAGAGAGGCAUAACAUGGACAUCACUAUUGAAGGUUUUCAUUCCUGGAUGUGGCGUGGUCUCAGCUUCCUCCUUCCAUUUCUGUAUGUAGGCUAUAUUUACCAGCUUUACAAUGCCUAUACUUUAUACCAGCUCAUCUUCCAUCCUGAAGCCACCUGGCAGGUUCCAGUGUUAUCUGCGUUGUUCUUUGCGCUCUUCCUUGGCAAUGCAGUCACCACAUCAAUGGUGAUACCUCAGAAACUGCAGGAACAAGUCAGAUUUAAAUAUCAGCUUGUGGGGCUUGAACGACUUUCUUGGGGUGGCAGGCAGUAAACUAUGUGCUACAAAGGUAAGCACAUUUUUAGCCUUCUUGUCCUGUUUUAUAUGGAAUGGCGGGCAUGUGGGCAUGUGAUGUCGUGUCCAUGUGUUUGAAAGCAAUAAUAGCAAAUGGGAAGAUCAAAAUAAUGCACGGCCAUCACAGUAUAAAGAUGCGAAGUGUAUGUUAACAUUAAGUAGAUUUUGGUAGAUAUCCAAUGAAUACAUUUUCAUUCACUGUGAAUAUAAUCUCAUUUUGCUACUGUUUGGUUCCAACAAGACUGCAAAACAGUAGAUGAAUACUUUAAGGAAUGUGUUUGAACAUCGAAUAAUUUACUGUUGUGGUGGCAUUUCUUGGCCAGCCUGUUUGCCUGAUCUGUCAGCCUGUGAUUGUAUUUUUAUGGGGCUACUUAAAUAGCAAAGUGUUUCAAACACAUCUAGCAGACUUAAAUAAUCUGAAACAGAGAAUUUCUGAAGAAAUUAUUGCCAUAUUACUGUGCAUAAUGAAUCAAGUGCAUCAGUAAUGGCAGACACCCGUCUUUCAAUUCACAUUUGAAUAAUCUCUGGUUGACUAGUGUAGAUUUAAAAAUGAUCAAUGAACGCUACCCUGCUCUGUAUAAUUCAGAAGGUGUUACUCGAAUUAUAUACUGCAAGAAAUGCUUACAAAAUUAAUUUUCCUCAGUAAUGGCAUAACUAAGUAACAACUAACAGGAAUGGCACGUGUAAUAAGUUAAUGCAUAAAUAACGUGUUACAAUUAAAAAGUUUCUUAUGAACGAUUAAGAAUUCUAUGAAACAUGACCAGCACUUGCUUCACAUUUUGAUAGUAGGUACUUUAUAUUAAUGUAAUCAGGAUUAAUAAUAAAUAUUUUGCAUCUUGUAUAAAACCGUAAAUGUUCAGGUGGAUACAAAUCGUAACCAUGUUAAGAAUUCAGACUUUGGCAGAACAUAAGAAUGAGUAGUAAGCAGUGCUGGUAACAUGGAUGUCAUUCCGCCUGCAAUGCCAAAUAAAUUAAAGCACCUGAGAGGUCAAAUUAUUAUACCAUGUGCAUAAUAUAGAUGUAAUUGAAUUGAUUUUUGUUUUACAUUGUGAGCUACUUUAGGGUGGGAAGUCACUUCUGUUUACAUUGAAUGUAAUUAAUAAAAAAUAGCUGUUUGUUCCACAUGGAACUUUCAUUCGACCAGUAGAGGUGUGCAUUCCUGUUACCAGUGGUCAGUGUUGCACCAAGCAAUCGAGCGUCCUUUCAAGACAUGUGAAUGUGGUCACGUGAUUUGUGUCAUAUAUGACUGACUGACAAUAGACAUCUCAUACAACGUUUGCCAGUUCAUCGAACAGUGUAACCUGUAGUUUGUUUGAGUGAAAGCAACAAUCAUUACAUGGCAGAUCAGUGUUGCAGUGUAAUAUGAUUGUUUUUGACAAAUUAUCACAAUUUGUAAAGAUGAAUGUGUGUUUCUUUUUGUAUAAAACUGUGGACAUCAUUGUAUUGUCUUUUAUAUAAUUAUAAACUACUGUAUGCAGGAUGCAUAAGAUGAUGUAUGCUUCAUGGGUUAUGUAACGGAAAUAAGAGAUAGUUUCAAAAAGACAUUAUUUUUGAGAUUGUGGGGGUUCUGAAUGGGGAACAUUAAAUAAUAUUUAGUUUAUGGUUAAAUUUGUUUUCCAUGUAACAUUUUGUAUAUGUAUAUAAAUGUGUGCCGUGACUCCCAGAGGGGGUUAUUUCCUGCAGUUGCAGAGCACAAUGUUUUGCUCAGUGUUGUUGGUUUAUGGAGACCACUGUCAGUGGAUUACAAUAAAUGUCUCAGUAAUAUGUUUCA